ACAUGUAUUUCCUCUGACGUCAUUAGUGACACGUAUAUUCAAGAUGGCGGCCGUGGCUUGGGAGACGGGGUGGGCCUUGGUCCUCGUGUCGACCUUCCACGUCGUCUUCCCAUUCUACGUUCCUGGAGUCGCUCCGCAGGACUUUCGUGAUAAUGAGCCAGUGGAUAUAAAGGCAGUAAAGCUUACGAGCUCCCGCACCCAGCUUCCUUAUGAAUACUACUCGUUGCCUUACUGUAAGCCAGAGGCCAUUCUCUACAAGGCAGAGAACCUUGGCGAGGUGCUGCGGGGGGACCGCAUCGUGAACACGCUGUACAGCGUGGCCAUGAAUCAGAACAAGAAAUGUGAGGUGGUGUGUGACAAGAAGAAGCUCAGCGUCGCGGAGAGCAAGCUGGUGGCGGAGCGGAUCCAGGAGGAGUACUACGUCCACCUGAUUGCAGACAACCUGCCGGUGGCCACGCGGCUGGAGUUCUACCCCAACAGAGAGGCCGGGGCCGAGGAGGAGCAGAGGAAGGACUUGGUGAAGGACGUCCAGUACGAACAUGGCUACAGGCUGGGUUUCACAGACAACAACAAGUUCUACCUGCACAACCACCUCUCCUUUGUGCUCUACUACCACCGAGAGAGGCUGGAGGAGGGGAACGACCACGACUACCGGGUGGUGCGCUUCGAGGUGGUGCCCCAGAGCGUCAAGGUUGAAGACCUGAAGCCAGUGGAGAGAGCAUGCACACUACCAGAGGCCAGCGGCUCCGCACCCCAAGAGAUCGACCCCAGCAGAGAGAACGAGGUCCUCUUCACCUACUCUGUGGACUGGAAGGAGAGCCAGAUCAAGUGGGCCUCGCGGUGGGACACCUACCUGACCAUGAGUGAUGUCCAGAUCCACUGGUUCUCCAUCGUCAACUCUGUGGUGGUCGUCUUCUUUCUGUCUGGCAUUCUGAGCAUGAUCAUCAUCAGGACCUUAAGGAAGGACAUCGCCAACUACAACAGGGAGGAUGACAUUGAGGACACCAUGGAGGAGUCUGGCUGGAAGAACGUCCACGGAGACGUCUUCCGCCCGCCGCAGUACCCAAUGAUCCUCAGCUCCCUGCUGGGCUCUGGCAUCCAGCUGUUCUGCAUGUUCCUCAUCGUCAUCUUCGUGGCCAUGUUAGGGAUGUUGUCUCCAUCCAGCCGAGGGGCUCUGAUGACCACAUCCUGCUUCCUCUUCAUGUUCAUGGGCGUGUUCGGGGGCUACUUCGCUGGGCGGCUCUAUCGCACACUCAAAGGCCAUCGGUGGAAGAAAGGAGCGUUCUGUACGGCCACGCUGUACCCAGCAGUCGUCUUUGGAAUCUGUUUCGUCCUCAACUGUUUCAUCUGGGGUGAACACUCCUCUGGAGCGGUCCCCUUCACCACCAUGCUGGCCCUGCUGUGCAUGUGGUUUGGCAUCUCCAUGCCGCUGGUCUACCUGGGCUACUACUUUGGCUUCCGGAAGCAGCCCUAUGAUAACCCUGUGCGCACCAAUCAGAUCCCGCGGCAGGUCCCGGAGCAGCGCUGGUACAUGAACAAGUUUGUAGGAAUCCUGAUGGCCGGUAUCCUCCCCUUUGGUGCCAUGUUCAUCGAGCUCUUCUUCAUCUUCAGCGCCAUCUGGGAGAACCAGUUCUACUACCUGUUUGGUUUUCUGUUCCUGGUGUUCAUCAUCCUGGUGGUGUCCUGCUCGCAGAUCAGCAUCGUCAUGGUCUACUUUCAGCUCUGUGCAGAGGACUACCGAUGGUGGUGGAGAACAUUCCUGGUGUCUGGAGGCUCAGCUUUCUAUGUCCUGGUCUAUGCUGUCUUUUACUUCAUCAACAAGCUGGACAUUGUGGAGUUCAUUCCCUCUCUGCUGUACUUUGGCUACACGGCCCUGAUGGUCCUCUCCUUCUGGCUGCUCACCGGCACCAUCGGCUUCUACGCAGCCUACAUGUUCAUCAGGAAGAUCUACGCCGCUGUCAAGAUUGACUGACAUGCUUUUCUUUCUUUUUUUGAGGAGUUAUUUUUUUGCCACAUUUUUUUUAAUCUAUAUUUUAUUCAUGUCUAGCAAGCACUGACUUGUGUGACUGUUUGUGUGUCUGUGUGUGUGUGUGUCUGCGCGCGUGUGUGUGUGUGUCUGCGCGCGUGUGUGUGUCUGCGCGCGUGUGUGAGGGGGGAAGGGACAGCCAACGUGGGAGUUUACGGUGUCGACAGCUUCACUCACCGACCUGAAGGAGGAAAGAAACCAAGAAGCUGGCACACACGCUGCUGUUCCCCUCGCCAUCUUUUACUCUCAUGCUCCCUGAGACCGACUGCUUUCUUCUGGUUUAGGACGUGUGCGAUGCUGUUGAACCUUUCACACCAGAGAUGGGCCAAAAUACGUCUUGUUGUCUGUAAUUCUUUGAUCAUUUUUUGGACUUUUUUUAUGAGCUGUAUCAGUUGGGCAGGUCUUUGUUAUCCUUAUUUUUAACAGAAGCGUUGGUCUAUGAAUGAAAAUAAUUAUAUUAAUAUUAUAGUGGCUUUACUCUUUCUUUUCUCUUCUCUUGUGAAAAAGGACUUUGUGAUCACGUUAGUUUUCUACGAUCAGAGGUGGUAGUUGGGACUGUGGUGGUAACGGCGCUGGGGUUGAUUUGGUAGAGCCCAGAAAGGCUUGAUAAUUCUGUAUGAAACGUGGGAGGAUAUUAAACAGUUGGAUUUGUAUUUGUCCCUGUGUGCCCAUUUUCAUUUAGACAUGGCUCCGAUCAUAAGCUUUCUUUUUCCAAAAGAUGUUGGCUAAUUCUGCCGAUUGGGGGCGGGGGUUGGUCUCACCGCUGCUCGGCACAGGCUACAGACGUGUUGAAGUUACAUGACCAAUCACAGAGCCAGAGUUCUCAUUGAUGCUGCUGCCGUUAAUGGAAACAAUGAAAUACAAUGCAAAGUGAGGACUACCAUGUAUGUGUAAUUAUAUAAAAGAUCAGAAUGUGGACCUUUAUGAUAAAAUGACACUUGAAUGGAUCCCCUUCUGAACGCUGUGGUCUUGCUUUUUUCUACAAAGAAUUCACAUUUUUGUUGUAUGUGUAUACGGUGCAAAAAACUAGCUUUGUAGCAGUGCUUAUACCUUGCAAACUAUGCAUAUAUGGACAGGGAAAUGCCUACAUUUGGUUGCUCGCACGGAUCAUAAACAUUUAUUCCAAACACCCUGUAAAAUCCCAGUUUCUCCUCCCUUUGAUAGUUAUUGUGGUAAACGUGGUUAUCAGACAGUGGAGGUUGACCUAAACAUGUGGAAUAGGAUUAUUCUGAGCUAGGCUGUUUCACUCGUAAUCUCGUGAUGCGUUUCUUCCUAUCAUGAAUCAAUAACUGCCAAGCUUUAUCUUGCAACAAAGUCUUGCCCCUUCUGCAAACCACACACUGGCAUCAAGCCGUAAUUUAAGCCAGACAAUAAACAAUUAUGAGGUUGAGUUGCAAAGCUCCUGACCGAAGAACAAUAUCUGAUGGUACAUACUGGCAUUUAUAGGAAAAUCAGAACGUCUUCCAAACCAUCCAGUUGGCACUAGUUACGCUUGGCUUUUGUUCUGGGUCGUGUCUAAUCUAGGGAAGAUGUUUAAGAUGGCCCGCCGUGUGCGUGUGAAAAGUGCCAGGCACUUUGUCUUUUGCAUGACAUUCCAAUAGUUUGUUUUGCAACCCAUUAUACAAUCAUGACACAUUUUGACACUUCUGUAACAUUUGUGUGAGAUGCGAUGCAAGUGCCAAACACUGCGCAAUAUAUAUAUACGCAUAUAUGUGCAAAUAAAUACAUUUCUAAGAAAAAGGGAUCAAUGGCUGUUCUGAUGAAUGGUUGAUUUACUCAAUGCAGUUCUUACUCCAUUCAUUCAAUAUUCUCUAUCACAAAUUAUUGUCACAAAACUAUCCUUGAGGCUGAUCCACUUUAUUCUUCAUUGUUAUACUUUCUGAAUGCAUAACAACGUUGACUUUGAAUUCAUGAAUAAACUACUUUCAUUUAGUGUUCCCUGGGCCUUU